AUGCUUGAAGUGCAGAUAGAUUUUGGUGAAGCUGACAUAGAGAUGGAUCAGUUUGGUGAUGUUCAAGAGGAGGGAGAAGAGGAGGAAGAGGAAGAGAAGGGAGAUCGUGGACGCUCAGGCCAGCCCAGACGACCCCGACAGCCACAACAGCAGCGAACUCUAAGACACAUGGGAGUCCAGAUUAAAGACUACUUCUGAUGCUCUGUGUUCAACUCCAUGUUCUGCAACUGCCUCUUCCUAGGGCUCAUGGUCCUGGUCUGCUAUUGUCAGGUAAUAUGGCUGACAUGAAUUGGAUCAUGACAUAACAAAGCACUCAGAAACAAGAUGGUUUUAAUGGUGAGCUGUGUAUAUACAAUAUACCUAGGCACUUUGUUAUAGGUUUAAGAGCUUUAGUCCAAUCAGGGAUGAGACUGUUUAGGGCACCCAAGUCCGGGCUCUGGCUGGGCCACUCACGGACAUUCAGAAAGUUAUCCCGAAGCCACUCCUGAGUCGUCUUGGCUGUGUGCUUAGAGUCGUUGUCCUGUUGGAAGGUGAACCUUCGCCCCAGUCUGAGGUCCUGAGUGCUCUGGAGCAGGUUUUCAUCAAGGAUUUCUCUGUACUUUGCUCCGUUCAUCUUUCCCUCGAUCCUGACUAGUCUCCCAGUCCCUGCCGCUGAAAAACAUCCCCACAGCAUGAUGCUGCCAACACCAUGCUUCACCGUAGGGUUGGUGCCAGGUUUCCUCCUGACGUGACGCUUGGCAUUCAGGCCAAAGAGUUCAUUCUUGGUUUCAUCAGACCAGAGAAUCUUGUUUCUCAUGGUCUGAGAGUCCUUUAGGUGCCUUUUGGCAAACUCCAAGCGGGCUGUCGUGCCUUUUACUGAAGAGUGGCUUCCGUCUGGCCAUUACCAUAAAGGCCUGAUUGGUGGAGUGCAUCAGAGAUGGUUGUCCUUCUGGAAGGUUCUCCAAUCUCCACCUCCCUGACUAAGGCCCUUCUCCCUCAAUUGCUCAGUUUGGCCGGGCAGCCAGCUCUAGGAAGAGUCUUGGUGGUUCUAAACUUCUUCCAUUUAAGAAUGAUGGAGGCCACUAUGUUCUUGGGGACUUUCAAUUCUGCAGACAUUUUUCCCCAGAUCUGUGCCUCGACACAAUCCUGUCUCAGAGCUCUACAGACAAUUCCUUCGACCUCAUGGCUUGGUUUUUGCUCUGACAUGCACUGUCAACUGUGGGUCCUUAUAUAGACAGGUGUGUGCCUUUCCAGAUCAUGUCCAAUCAAUUGAAUUUACCACAGGUGGACUCCAAUCAAGCUGUACAAACAUCUCAAGGAUGAUCAAUGGAAACAGGAUGCACCUGAGCUCAAUUUCGAGUCUCAUAGCAAAGGGUCUGAAUACUUAUGUAAAUAAGGUAUUUCUGUUUUUUUUUUUUUAUACAUUUGCAAACAUUUCUAAAAAACUGUUUUUGCUUUGUCAUUUUGGGGUAUUUUGUGUAGAUUGAUGAGUUAAAAAACGUAUUUCAUCAAAUUUAGAAUAAGGCCGUAAUGUAACAAAAUUUGGAAAAGAUCAAGGGGUCUGAAUACUUUCCAAAUGCACUGUAUGUCCCCAUGCCAUAACCAGUGUCACGUUGUAUAAUGAUUAGAAGACAGGCCCAGGAAUGCGUAUUAUGAAUAGUUAUGCAUGCUCAAGUUUUCAGUUUUUUUUGGUCUUAUUUCUUGUUUGUUUCACAAUAAUAAAUACAAUAAUAAAUCAAAUGAUACAAACCAGCAAAAAAUCCAUUUUAAUUCCAGGUUGUAAGGCAACAAUAUAGGAAAAAUGCAAAGGGGUGUGAAUACUUUCGCAAGCCACUGUACACAUACUAAUCAGGGGGAAUGGGAACCAGGUGUGCGUAAUGAGACAAGACAGUCCUGGGUUGGUGGUAAUGAACCAGGUCAGGUGACGCCUAGAAGGUCGGUGACGUAGACCUCCGGAGCUAGUGAACGGACUGAGCAGCAGUACCGGGGGAUCCAUGACACCAGGGUCUAAAGUUUUUUCUGUUCAGAUCACAUAGGUUGGUAAAACUGUAGGGAACCUUGGAGGAUGAUUUCUAAAUAUUUGUAGAUAUCCUUCACGAUUGUGGUUCAUUUACUGUAAAUGUCAGAUUAAGGACCAAUCUAUCAAGGACAGUCACCUUGUUUAACAGGAAUGAACACAGCUACAGUAUGUAGGCCUGUAUGUGAUUCCUCUUUAUUUUAUCUCUCCUCAGGGAACCUAGUGUUGAUGUACAAGUAGUUCUGUUAUUUUGGCACUCAGUGGAAUAUUAUACUUCAGUAGAUGUGACUCUGUUGUACUGAUGUUCUACUGCCCUCUGUUGACUCUGCUGCCAGUUAGAUUCUCUCAGGGGUUUUUGUACAGAUCCUCCCCUCACUCACACCACUGUAUCUCUCCUGCACAGUAAUACACAGCAGAGUCAUCUGCUCUCACACCAGACAGCAUCAAAGUCAACAUGCUGUUGCUAGUAUCUUUAGUGGUUUCCAUACAUCCUUCAAACCUUUUAGCAUGGUAACCUAGGCCUAAUCCAGAAUAACCCACACAUUCCAGGGAUUUUUCUGCUUAUUGUCUUAUCCAGACUGUGUUGCAGACAAAGGUGAAUCCAGAUAUCUUACAGGAGAGGCUGAGCAUUUCUCUAGGCUUUUUCAGGACUGGACUGGAGGGCAUGGUCUCCAGACUCUGACCAUCUGAUGGAGAGAGAGAGGUGAAAAUGAGAGAGAUAAAUAAAUAGGAAGAAUGUGUUAAAGAAAAUUAGGAAGCCAAAGAAAAUAGUUUAUAAAAUCAUUGUCCAUGUUCAGUCAUUCUACUAAAGAACAGCUGAUUACGUAGAUCAGAACUCACAGGGCAGACAGAGAGAGAUUAUGACAACUUCCGGAGGAUGUCCUCCAACCUAUCAGAGCUCUUGCAGCAUGAACUGACAUGUUGCCCACCCAAUCAAAGGAUCAGAGAAUGAAUCUAGUAGUGAAAGCAUAAGCUACAGCUAGCUAGCACUGCAGUGCAUACAAUGUGGUGAGUAGUUGACUCAAAGUGAGAGAAAAACAAAAGUUGAACAGUAAAAAAAAAUCUAAAACGAAAGAGAAGCAAAAGAUAAGGAGAGAGAGAGAGCUAGCUAUAUUUUGUUGUAUUUUCUUCACUUUCUUUUUCACUUACUUAGUUAGUGAAUGCAGCUAACAGUAGUUAGUUUAGCCUACUCAAACACCCGGUUCAAAUAGAGAGGAAUGCUAUGUUAGCUAGCUGAGAAGAUUCCAAGUCAAGGUAAGCUUUUGGUUUUAUAAAUGUAUUGCAACCGGGGCCCACUGGUGUAACUGCUAAACUGCUUGCUGACUGUACACUGUGCUGCAUGAUUGUUGCGGGUUUACAAACGCGUUAGUUCUAGUUACUAUGUGACUAUGACGAUAGCUAAUAUGGUGACAACAAUGUAGGCUGUGUGUAGCGGUUAUGGUAUAAGGGUUUGUCUUGGAAAGGUUUUUUCGCCUGGUCACAGACAGCUGAUGUGUUGUGCACUGAAGUUCACAAGCAAAUGGAAAAGGUGAGAUGAAGAGAGCGCAUAGAUGUGGGAAGGAAUUAUACAACGAGCAAAGUGAUCAUGCUGUUUGUAUGUGGCUGCUCUGAAAGUGAACUGUGUUUGCGGCGAUGAGGGGUGUAUUCAUGCCGCUGAUUCUGUUUUAAAAAGUUUCUUAAACGGAAGCAAAGGGAACGAAACGGGGAUAAACAUACCUGGAUUUGUUGAAUAGAAACUCUCGUUUGCAACUGUUGAACUAAUAGAUCGGGUAGAUGCAGGCAAAAGUGUGCAAGGCGGUAUUAAAUGUGUCACUGUCUGUCACCUUGAUUACUAGAUUUAUCUCGACCUGUGCACCUACAUUGUAAACUUUAAUUCAUAGGCUAGGUUGUAGCAACCUCAGGAUGGGUAUAAAAUGUGAUUAUGAUGUAGUAGCCUAAACCUAUCGAUGUUAAAUUGAGCUAGGUGAAUGGAAUAUGAAUGACAGUCAUCCAAUAUGCUGUAAUAGAAAUAAGGCCAUGCUCAUAAAAAACACCGACCGCCACUGGUACACAUUAAUCUGUCAAGAAAAAAUGUAUUUGUUCGUCAUGAAUGAACACAGCUUAAUAAGAUUUAACACACCACAUUGCCUAAUUAGCCACAUUGCCAAAUAUGACUAUAUAUAAACACCUGUUCUGAAAGGUCCUAGAGUCUGCAACACCACAAAGCAAGGGGCACCACCAAGCAAGCGGCACCAUGAAGACCAAGGAGCUCUCCAAACAGGUCAGGGACAAAAGUUGUGGAGAAGUACAAAUCAGGGUAAUAAAAAAAUAUCUGAAACUUUGAACAUCCAACGGAGCACCAUUAAAUCCAUUAUAAAAAAAUGGAAAGAACAUGGUACCACAACAAACAUGUCAAGAGAGGGCGGCCCACCAAAACUCAUGGACCAGGCUGUCACGCCCUGGCUCUGGGGACUCUAGUAUGUUGAGCCAGGGUGUGAGUUUUCAUGUGUUUCUGUUCUAGUCAGUUGUUUUCUAUGUUGGCCAGUGUGGUUCUCAAUCAGAGGCAACGUGUAUCAGCUGUUGCUUGUUGUCUCUGAUUGAGAACCAUACUUAAGUAGCCAGUUUUUCCACAGUGUUUGUGGGAUCUUGUUCCAAGUAGGUUGUGUUUAUCUAAGGACGUCACGUUAUCAUUUUGUUGUUUUGUUCGUGUUAUCUUAUUUAAUAAAUAUGUUUGCAAAUAACGCUGCGCAUUGGUCCUCUGUUCCCGACGAUCGUGACAGAAGAUCCCACCAAAACUGGACCAAGCAGCGUGUCCAGGAGCCAGUGCCAGGGGAAUUGCUAGCGGAUCUCCGUGGCAACUUCGACUGGGUCAAGCCUAGGGAAGAGCAGAGAGGGUGGACUUGGGAGCAGUGGAGGAAGAGUCUCGACUGGGUCAAGCCAAAUGAAGAGCAGAGUGGUUGGACUUUGGAGCAGUGGAGGAAGAGUCUGGCGAGAGAUAGGGAGGCUUGGUCCACGGGGAAGAGAGACACCCAGACAUUUUUUAGGGGGGGGCUCACGCCGUGGACGACGGGGCAGCAGGAGGCCGCGAUGGAGCGGUCCAGCGGGUUUGUAGAGGAGGCCGCCAGGUUAAGGGGGCCACUGGUCACAGAGGAGAGGGAGAGUGUAGAGGCACGGCGAGAGGUACUGGGGUGUGUUACCAGUCCGGUCCGGCCCGUUCCUGAUCCCUGCGUAGGGCCAGUGGUGUGUGUCGCCAGUACGGUCCGGCCUGUUCCUGUUCCUCGCAUCGAGCCUGUGGUGCGUGUCGCCAGUACGGCCCGGCCUGUUCCUGCUCCCCGCACCAAGCCUAUGGUGCGCGUCGCCAGCCCGGUCCGGCCCGUUCCUGCUCCCCGCACCAAGCCUAUGGUGCGCGUCGCCAGCCCGACCCGGCCUGUUCCUGCUCCCCACACCAAGCCUAUGGUGCACGUCGCCAGUCCGGCUCGGCCUGUUCCUGCUCCCCACACCAAGCCAGUGGUGUGCGUCGUCAGUCCGGCACAGCCCGUGCCUGUUCCACCGGUGCCUGGUCCGGUACCGGUCAGCUGCUCCACGCCGGAGCUAGAGCAAUCCGCUCCACCAGUGUUCAGUCCAGCUCCGGCAUGCAGGGCCAGACCGGACCAGGGGUACUUUGGGGGGUUAGAGAGGGAGUGGGGAUCAUGCCUGGAGCCGGAUCCGCCGCCAAGGCGGAGUGCCCACCCGGUCCCUCCCCUGUGGUGUUUGGUUGGCGCAGUCGGAGUCCGCGCCUUUGGGGGGGGGGGGGGGUACUGUCACGCCCUGGCUCUGGGGACUCUAGUAUGUUGAGCCAGGGUGUGAGUUUUCAUGUGUUUCUGUUCUAGUCAGUUGUUUUCUAUGUUGGCCAGUGUGGUUCUCAAUCAGAGGCAACGUGUAUCAGCUGUUGCUUGUUGUCUCUGAUUGAGAACCAUACUUAAGUAGCCAGUUUUCCCACAGUGUUUGUGGGAUCUUGUUCCAAGUAGGUUGUGUUUAUCUAAGGACGUCACGUUAUCACAGGCAAGGAGAGCAUUAAUCAGAGAGGCAACAAAGAGAACAAAGAUAACCCUGAAGGAGCUGCAAAGCUCCACAGUGGAGAUUGGAGUAUCUGUCCAUAGGACCACUUUAAGCCGUACACUGCACAGAGCUACGCUUUACGGAAGAGUGGCCAGAAAAAAGACAUUGCUUAAAGAAAAGAAUAAGCAAACACGUUUGGUGUUCGCCAAAAGGCAAGUGGGAGACUCCCCAAACAUAUGGAAGAAGGUACUCUGGUUAGAUGAGACUAAAAAAACAUUAUGUCUGGCGCAAACCUAACACCUCUCAUCACCCCGAGAACACCAUCCAAUUUUUCAUCGGCAGGGACUGGGAAACUGGUCAGAAUUGAAGGAAUGAUGGAUGGCGCUAAAUACAGGGAAAUUCUUGAGGGAAACUUGUUUCAGUCUUCCAGAGAUUUGAGACUGUGAUGGAGGUUCACCUUCCAGCAGGACAAUGACCCUAAGCAUACUGCUAAAGCAACACUCGAGUGGUUUAACGGGAAACAUUUAAAUGUCUUGGAAUUGCCUAGUCAAAGCCCAGACCUCAAUCCAAUUGACAAUCUGUGGUAAAGAUUGCUGUACACCAGCGGAACCCAUCCAACUUGAAGGAGCUGGAGCAGUUUUGCCUCGAAGAAUCAGCAAAAAUCGCACUGGCUAGAUGUGCCAAGCUUAUAGAAACAUACCCCAAGAGACAUGCAGCUGUAAUUGCUGCUAAAGGUAGCUCUACAAAGUAUUGACUUAUUUCACAAAAAAAAAUAUUUUGCAUCUUCAAAGUGGUAGGCACGUUGUGUAAAUCAAAUGAUACAAACCCCCCAAAAAUCAAUUUUAAUUCCAGGUUGUAAGGCAACAAAAUAGGAAAAAUGCCAAGGGGCGUGAAUACUUUCAUUUUACAUUUUUUUUACAUUUUAGUCAUUUAGCAGACGCUCUUAUCCAGAGCGACUUACAGGAGCAAUUAGGGUUAAGUGCCUUGCUCAAGGGCACAUCGACAGAUUUUUCACCUAGUCGGCUCGGGGAUUAGAACCAGCGACCUUUCGGUUACUGGCACUACGCUCUUAACCACUAAGCUACCUGCUGCCCCUUUCACAAGCCACUGUACCCACAACGCAGGUAGGAAACAAACUUGCUCACCUAAAUUGGAUAGGAAUCUAAUAGUACUCCUAAGGUCAUAGUAUGCAACGCAUGGUCAAUGGCUAACAAGUUGGAUGAAUUUAAAUCAAUCCCGCUGUCAGAGAGGGCUUAAAUUGCUGCUGUGUCAUAGACAGGGUUUGACUCAGAUGUACCACCUGAACUCUGGGAAAUCUAUGGUUUCAACACCUACUCCAAACCAAGACAAGGUAAAAGGGGAGUGGGUGUGGCACUUUAUAUAAGAGAGGACAUUUCUGCACUCACGCUCUCCCACUCAUAGAGGUACCACCUGAAUUGGAGUGUUUGUGGCUAAGGCUUAGACCUAAACGGUUAGCAAGGCAAGUUGGAUCAAUUAUAACAGAUGGUAUGUUCCCCCCCUCAAUCCAAUUCAGAAAAUGAACUUAUCCAACAUCUAACGGACAGCCUUGAUACUAUCAGAGCAAAGUAUGUUGAUGCUUGGAUCCUUAUCAUGGGUGAUUUUAACCAUGUUGAUGUGUCUGGACUAUGCUCAGGGAAUGUCACCUUUGGGUCUCAGUGAUCAUAUUGUUGUUACCACACUGAAAUCUCAUUAUGUCACUAACACAACCAGGAAAAAAGUUAUUCAACCAAUGAAAGAGUCAAGCAUCAGAGCAUGUGGUCAGUGGCUUUCCCUCCAUAAAUGGCCGGAAGUAACAAAUAUGGAGAGCACACAGGAGAAAACAGACAACUUCUAUAACGCCCUGAAUCACGCCAUUACAGCUUACUUCCCAAAACAUGGUUAGGAUUCACGCACAGGAUAAGGAGUGGAUUGCACCUAGAAUCAAAGAGCUGAUAAAAAGCAGAUAGAAUGCCUCCAGUGAAAAAGACUGGCCUUCAUGGCGCACUCUGAGGAACAAAACCCAGAAAGAGAUCAAGGCAGCAAGAUCAAGAACCCCUACUCAGACUGACAGAUACUACAACAGCCCAAUGCCUUUGUGAGACUGCUUAAUGCUGCUUAACUGUAAUAUUGUAUACUACACUAUAUAUAUAUAAGUAUGUGGACACACCUUCAAAUUAGUGGAUUCGGCUAUUUCAGCCACACCCGUUGCUGACAGGUGUAGAAAAUCGAGCACACAGCCAUGCAAUCUCCAUCACAAACAUUGGCAUUAGAAUGGCCUUACUGAAGAGCUCAGUGACUUUCAAUGUGGCACCGUCAUGAGAUGCCACUUUCCAACAAGUCAGUUUGUGUAAUUUCUGCCAUGCCAGAGCUGCCCCGGUCAACUGUAAGUGCUGUUAUUGUGAAGUGGAAACAUCUAGGAGCAACAAUGGCUCAGCUGCGAAGUGGUAGAACACACAAGCUCACAGAAUGGGACCGCCGAGUGCCGAAGCUAGUAGCGCGUAAAAAUCGUCUGUUCUCGGUUGCAACACUCACUACCGAGUUCCAAACUGCCUCUGGAAGCGACGUCAGCACAAUAACUGUUCAUCGGCAGCUUCAUGAAAUGGGUUUCCAUGGCCGAGCAGCCGCACACAAGCCUAAGAUCACCAUGCACAAUGCCAACCGUCGGCUGGAGUGGUGUAAAGCUCGCUGUCAUUGGACUUUGGAGCAGUGGAAAUGCGUUCUCUGGAGUGAUGAAUAAUGCUUCACCAUCUGGCAGUCCGACGGACAAAUCUGGGUUUGGCGGAAACUAGGAGAACGCUACCUCCCGAAUGCAUAGUGCCAACUGUAAAGUUUGGUGGAGGAGGAAUAAUGGUCUGGGGUAAUUUUUCACGGUAAGAGCUAGGCCCCUUAUUUCCAGUGAAGGGAAAUCUUAACGCUACAGCAUACAAUGACAUUCUAGACGAUUCUGUGCUUCCAACUUUGUGGCAACAGUUUCGGGAAGGCCCUUUCCUGUUUCAGCAUGACAAUGCACUGUGCACAAAGCGAGGUCCAUACAGAAAUGGUUUGUCGAGAUCAGUGUGGAAGAACUUGACUGGCCUGCACAGAGCACUGACCUCAACCCCAUCGAACACCUUUGGGAUUAAUUGGAACGCCGACUGCGAGCCAGGCCUAAUCGCCCAACAUCAGUGCCCGACCUCACUAAUGCUCUUGUGGCUGAAUGGAAGCAAGUCCCCGCAGCAAUGUUCCAACAUCUAGUGGAAAGCCUUCCCAGAAGAAUAGAGGCUGUUAUAACUGCAAAGGGGGGACCAACUCCAUAUUAAUGCCCAUCAUUUUGGAAUGAGAUGUUCGACGAGCAGAUGUACUUUUGGUCAUGUAGAGUAUAUCUCAUUUUUGUAUUUAAUUACUUACGUAGGCCUAUGUAUACUGCAAUUCAGCGUUUAGCUGCAAAUGUGUACAAUUCAAAAUAAACCUUAAAUAUAUAAGUUCAGCAAAUUCGUAACAUAUUGUAAGUUUGGGAAAUUCGUAACAUAUCAUACGAAUUGUAAUUUGGAACAUAUCAUAUAAAAUGAAUGAUGGACAUCCACAAAUUAAUACAUACCAUAUGAAAUGUAACAUAUCGUACUAAAUGGAGUGUAUCGGAAACAUACAGAAUAAUAUGAAACGCUCUGAGACCAGGUUAGGUUUUUGUACAGCUCUUCCACUCACUCACACCACUGCCUCUCCUGCACAGUAAUACACAGCAGAGUCCUCUGAUCUCAGACCAGACAGCUUCAGAUACACCAUGCUGUUAGAAAUCUCUAUGAUAACUUCUAUAAAUCCUUCAACACUUUUUGCGUUCACAGUUCCACUAUCAGUCCAUAUAAUGCCUAUCCAUUCAAGUGUGCUUCCUGCAGGUUGACGUAUCCAGCCAAUGCUGUAGCUACUAAAUGUGAAGCAGGAUCUUUUUUUAAUGGAGAGAGUUUCUACAGGCUUUUUCAGGACUGGAGGGAAUGGCCUCCAGACUCUGACCAUACACCCCUAAUAGAGAAAAAAAUAAUGAAGACAACCUCUCCCUCAACGUGAUCAAGACAAAGGAGAUGAUUGUGGACUACAGGAAAAAGAAGAGGACUGAGCACGCCCCCAUUCUCAUCGACGGGGCUGUAGUGGAACAGGUUGAGAGCUUCAAGUUCCUUGGUGUCCACAUCACCAACAAACUAUCAUGGUCCAUACACACCAAGACAGCCGUGAAGAGGGCACGACAAAGCCUAUUCCCCCUCAUGAGACUGAAAAGAUUUGGCAUGGGUCCUCAGAUCCUCAAAAUGUUCUAUAGCUGCACCAUCGAGAGCAUCCUGACUGGUUGCAUCACCGCCUGGUAUGGCAACUGCUCGGCCUCUGACCGCAAGGCACUACAGAGGGUAGUGCGUACGGCCCAGUACAUCACUGGGGCGAAGCUUCCUGCCAUCCAGAUCCUCUAUACCAGGCGGUGUCAGAGGAAGGCCCUAAAAAUGGUCAAAGACUCCAGCCACCCUAGUCAUAGACUAUUCUCUCUGCUAAUGCACGGCAAGUGGUACCGGAGCGCCAAGUCUAGGUCCAAAAGGCUUCUCAACAGUUUCUACCCUCAAGCCAUAAGACUCCUGAACAGCUAAUCAUGGCUACCCAGACUAUUUGCACUGCCCCCCCCCCACCCCACCCCAUCCACCUCUUUUACGCUGCUGUUGCUCUGUUUAUUAUUUAUGCAUAGUCACUUUAACUCUACCCACAUGUACAUAUGACCUCAAUUACCUCGACUAACCGGUGCCCCUGUACAUUGACUCUGUACCGAAACCCCCUGUAUAUAGCCUCCCUACUGUUAUCUUAUUUUACUGCUGCUCUUUAGUUAUUGACUUUUAUUUUUUUUUACUUAACACUUUUUUAUUUUACUUUUUUAUUUUAAAAAAAACUGCUUUGUUGGUUAAGGGCUUGUAAGUAAGCAUUUCACUGUAAUGUCUACACCUGUUGUAUUUGGCGCAUGUGGCAAAUAACAUUUGAUUUGAUUUGAUUACAAAUAUGUUAACUGAAUGGAUAUUAUAAUUAUCUCUAUUCGUAAAAUACUUUGUUACAAUAAAUUGCUAGAUUAUUGAGUACAUACUACAGAGGCCCAGCAAGACCAGGAGGAGGUGUAGUUUGCCUGUCAUCUUUUUAGGAUGGAAGACAACCAUGGUUGCGUGGUAGCAUGCAACAUGCAUAUAAAAGGGUGUUCAAGGCAAUCAAUUCUAAGUCAAAGCCAAACAUCAAAUCAAAUCAAACUGUAUUUGCCACAUGCGCCGAAUACAACAGGAGUAGACAUUAUAGUGAAAUGUUUACUUACAAGCCCUUAAACAACAAUGCAGUUUUUAAGAAAAAAAAGAGAUAAGAAAAAAUUUGCAAAUAAUUAAAGAGCAGCAGUAAAAUAAGAUAACAGUAGGGAGGAUAUAUUCAGGGGGUUUCGGUACAGAGUCAAUGUACAGGGGCACCGGUUAGUCGAGGUAAUUGAGGUCAUAUGUACAUGUGGGUAGAGUUAAAGUGACUAUGCAUAAAUAAUCAACAGAGUAGCAGCAGCGUGAAAGAGGGGGAUGGGGUGGGGGGGGGGGGGGGCAAUGCAAAUAAUCUGGGUAGCCAUGAUUAGCUGUUCAGCAGUCUUAUGGCUUGGGGGUAGAAGCUGUUAAGAAGCCUUUUGGACCUAGACUUGGCACGCCGGUACCGCUUGCUGUUUGGUAGCAGAGAGAACAGUCUAUGACUAGGGUGGCUGGAGUCUUUGAUAAUUUUUAGGGCCUUCCUCUGACACCGCCUGGUAUAGAGGUCCUGGAUGGCAGGAAGCUUGGCCCCAGUGGUGUACUGGGCCGUACGCACUACCCUCUGUAGUGCCUUGCGGUCGGAGUCCGAGCAGUUGUCAUACCAGGCGGGGAUGCAACCAGUCAGGAUGCUCUCGAUGGUGCAGCUGUAUAACUUUUUGUGAUUGGUCCUCCCAGUGAGGAGGAGCUCAUGCAAAACUCUCCAGUCCUCCAUCUUUAUUAAUGUCUCUGUUGAAGGCUGUUUCUGCUGAGGACUGUCUCAACUACCUUUAGAGAACUAAACAGCUCACCAUGUUUCCUACCACAGGAAUACUCUUACUGACAGUCUGUUUAACAUGUUUAAUUAUGCUGUUUAUCAAAUAAACAAGUUGACAUCAGGUUUUAGUUUCAACUUCAACAUGAUCUCUGAUUUCUAUUUCCACAGUUGUUCAUGGUCACACAUUGACUGAGUCUGGACCAGUGCUUAAAAAGCCUGGUGAAUCCCACAAACAGACCUGUACAGGCUCUGGGUUCACUUUCAGUAGCUAUUAUAUGGGCUGGAUUAGACAAGCUAAAGGGAAAGAGUUUGAGUGGAUUGGUCAUAUUAGUGGUGCUACUACUUACUACUCCCAGUCAUUUCAGGGUAGAUUCACCCUCUCCAGAGACGACUCCAGCAGUAAGCUGUACCUACAUAUGAACAGCCUGAAGAGUGAGGACACAGCAGUGUAUUACUGUUCCCGGUACACACAGUGAGAGAGAGUGGUGGGAGAGCAGUACAAAAUCACUUCCCCAUUUAGCACAGACAACCUAAUUUCUUUCAGAUGAAUAGUUUAAUAGCACAAGCUCAGCCAUACUUUUAAAAAAAACACACAUAGUGUAGAUACUGUACAUAUAGUAAAGGAUUAAUAAUAAUAAUGAUUAGGUGGGUGCUUACAUUUGUCCUAUUUCACACAUGUACAGGUGAGUAUUAUACACGUGUGAAAUGUAAAUAUGUAUUUUUGCGUAUCCCACUCCCCCUGAUACACCCUCAGAGAGUGGGGUCACGGCCAGGAUUACCAAUAAUGAGCACCCAUGUCAUUUGUGUCCCAUAGAGAAUUAUUAACCAUUCUAAGGAGUUACUACAUAUCUCCCAUAUCUCCUAUAAGUGUAGUGUCAAAAACGGACAAAUGAACAGAACAUUUCCCCUCAUUUUGCACUGAUAUUCUCAGUCCUUUUAUACCUGACUAUCUUUAUUAUGCAAAUGUCUCUUACCUCUCUCUCUCCCUCCCUCCCUCUCCCUUCCCCGUAUACUGUAUAAACAGGCUCUAUGUGUGUGUCAUAACACAUCCCUCUGAGUCCUGGAGAAGAUAAUCUCCCACCAGUUCAGCUUCAACACAAACCACAUCUUGGAUUCGACAACCUGCAGGGAAAGCACUGGAGUGGAUUGGAAGCAUAUAUACUAGAGACACAUCCUACAAGUAUUUAAUUGAAAAACAAGUUCAGCCUCAUUUUAAACUCGUCGAACAACACAGUGACUUUUAUGUCAUUUUUAAGGAGUAAAAUGUACAAGCAGCCAAAUAGGAUAGUCACAGAUUUUGACCAAAUUUAGGGGCACCUCCCCCUAAAUACUUGAGUAUGUCUUGAUUAUAAUUGUUUAUAGGGGAGAGAGUUUAAGAAUGUGUUUUUAUCAGUCGUGUCUAUCAAAAUGAGCAUUGGGCACAGUUGUUCAAAGCUACCCAAGCAUGACUUCUGCCCCAGGAUGCACCUGCACUCUGGUAAAGGCAUUUCCCUGAUACAGUAUCUUGAUUAACCCUAAAAAGGACCAAUGUAUCAUUGUGAAAGUGCAGUAACACAUUUAAAAACUACACACAACAGCAGAUGUUGGGAGAAAAUGACACAUUAUGAAUUGUAAAAGUCAUUGAGUGAAGUUUGGACGUGUACUGGUUUGGCGAUAGUUGCUGACCAUGUGACAUUGAAACAACGGGAACACAUUUCAGGGUACAGUACUUCAGGAUGUGAAUUGUUCAUUGUUUUAUGUGUUGUUUAAAAAAAAUACAUUUGUAAUGUAUUUUCUGACUUUAUUGAACAGAUAAAGUCAAGCGUAUUGUCUGCCUCCUUCUUUCCACUUCUUUCCUCUUUUGACCUCUGCCUCUCACCGUCCCCCCCUACUCACAAGGCAGGCAAUACGCUUGACCUCAUCUUUACUAGAUGCUGUUCUUCUACUAAUCUCACUGCAACUCCCCUCCAGGUCUCCGACCACUACUUUGUGGUGCCAGGUCUCUGACCUCCUCCCUAUAGGCUGUCUCAUCGUUGUCGGUGAUCAGGCCUACCACUGUUGUGUCGUCGGCAAACGUAAUGAUGGUGUUGGAGUCGUGCCUGGCCAUGCAGUCAUGGGUGAACAGGAAGUACAGGAGGGGACUGAGCACGCACCCCUGAGGGUCCCCCGUGUUGAGGAUCAGCAUGGCAGAUGUGUUGUUACCUACCCUUACCACCUGGGGGAAGCCCGUCAGGAAGUCCAGGAUCCAGUUGCAGAGGGAGGUGUUUAGUCCCAGGGUCCUUAGCUUAGUGAUGAGCUUUGAGGCCACUAUGGUGUUGAACGCUGAGCUGUAGUUAAUGAAUAGCAUUCUCACGUAGGUGUUCCUCUUGUCCAGGUGGGAAAGGGCAGUGUGGAGUGCAAUAGAGAUUGCAUCAUCUGUGGAUCUGUUGGGGCGGUAUGCAAAUUGGAGUGGGUCUAGGGUUUCUGGGAUAAUGGUGUUGAUGUGAACCAUGACCAGCCUUUCAAAGCACUUCAUGGCUACAGACAUGAGUGCUACGGGUCGGUAGUCAUUUAGGCAGGUCAUCUUAGUGUUCUUGGGCACAGGGACUAUGGUGGUCUGCUUGAAACAUGUUGGUAUUACAGACUCAGUCAGGGACAUGUUGAAAAUGUCAGUCAGUGAAGACACUUGCCAGUUGGUCAGUGCAUGCUCGGAGUACACGUCCUGGUAAUUCGUCUGGCCCUGCGGCCUUGUAAAUGUUGACCUGCUUAAAAGUCUUACUCACAUCGGCUACGGAGAGUGUGAUCACAUAGUCAUCCGGAACAGCUGAUGCUCUCAUGCAUGCUUCAGUGUUGCUUGCCUCAAAGUGAGCAUAGAAGUGUUUAACUUGUCUGGUAGGCUUAUGUCACUGGGCAGCUCGCGGCUGUGCUUCCCUUUGUAGUCUGUAAUAGUUUUCAAGCCCUGCCACAUCCGACGAGCUUCAGAGCCGGUGUAGUAUGAUUCAAUCUUAGUCCUGUAUUGACUCUUUGCCUGUUUGAUGGUUCGUCGGAGGGCAUAGCGGGAUUUCUUAUAAGUGUCCGGGUUAGAGUCCCGCUCCUUGAAAGCGGCAGCUCUCCCCUUUAGCUCAGUGUGGCUGUAAUCCAUGGCUUCUGGUUGGGGUAUGUACGUAUGGUCACUGCGGGGACGACGUCAUCGAUGCACUUAUUGAUGAAGCCAGUGAUCACUGUCAAUCAGCAAACAUUUUCUAUAUUGUUCAGACAGUAAAGUCAUUGUUUUUUGUGUGUUGUUUUCAACAGUGAGCCAUGAAAUAAUUCAUAUUAAAUCAUAUUAAAUGUUGAUAUUUCUCACAACAAACACAUUCAUACAAGUGGUAUCUGUAAGAAAUUGUGGUUUGUUGUCUCAUUCGUUUUCGGAAUAGUUUUGAAUCUGGCCUACUGCCUUUUGACACAACCUCUAUCUUUCAUCACUGUCAUCCUCUCUAUCUGUUGAAUAAAGUCAGAAAAGACCUUACAAAUAUAUAUUUUUAAACAACACAUAAAAAAAGAUAAUAACAAACAAAAAAAGACAAUUCAAAUCCUGAAGUACUGUACCCUGAAAUGUGUUCCCAUUGUUUCAACAUCACAUGGUCGGCAACUGUCACCAAACUACUUCCCUUAGAUGGCUACACUUCACUCAAUGACUUUUUCAACUCAUAAUUUGUCAUUUUCUCCCACAUCUGCAAUACAUCACUGUUGUGUGUAGUUUUUUAAUGUGUUACUGCACUUUUACAAUGAUACAUUGGUAAUUUUUAGGGUUAAUCAAGAUACUAUAUCAGGGAAAUGGCUUGAUCUGAGUGCAGGUGCAUCCUGGGGUAGAAGUCAUGCUUGCGUAGCUUUGAACUGUUGCGCCCAAAACUAAUUUUGAUAGAUGCCUUAUAAAAACACAUUCUUAAACUCUCUCCCCUAUAAAUAAUUAUAAUCAGGGACAUACUAAAGAAUUUAGGGGGAGGUGCCCAGAACAGCUAUGAGAAACCACAUAGAGCAAUUUGUUAUUUUAGUUAAGGACUCAUUGUUCAAUGCAAUUCUUGAAAAGUAUGUGAGUGUCUGAAAAUAUUAAAUAAUAUAAUUAAUACAACUGUUGACAAGGUCUAUAAUAUAAAUGAAAUUGUGAUGAAAUUGUCUGAUUUUUUUUUUCUAUCUCACCAUUUAUUCAAACCAAAUGCAAAUCGUGUUCAUGUCGUUGAAACAUUGUAUGGUUACCAGCCACCAGCUGGCUUAUGCAAAAGGCGGUCUCUCCUCAGCUGAAACAAGGUAGUGAGAAUUAGAUCAUGAAUGUGUACAGGGACAGUCCCUUGGCUACUUAACUUCUUUCACUGUCUGUCUAUCUUAAUCGUCAGAGAUGCUAAACUGGGACCCUGAAACACCCAGGUGACAGACUGGAGUUCACCAAGCGUGGUGCCACACAGCUGUGAGGGGCACAGAGAGGAAGAGAGAGGGGUGGGGUGUGUGAGAGAAACAGACAACUGAGAAAAGCAGAGCAGGGCCGGUGUGUGUGUGUGCAUGUGUGUGUGUGUGUGUGUACUUGAAGAUAUCUACUACUAAAGAAAAAUAUAAACGCAACAUGUAAAGUGUUGGUCCCAUGUUUCAUGAGCUGCAAUAAAAGAUCCUAGAAAUGUUCCAUAUGCAAAAAAUAUUAUUUCUCAAAAAUGUUGUGCACAAAUUUGUUUCCAUCCCUGUUAGUGAGCAUUUCUCCUUUGCCAAGAUAAUCCAUCCACCUGACAGGUGUGGCAUAUCAAGAAGCUGAUCGUUACACAGGUGCACCUUGUGCCGGGAAUAAUAAAAAGCCACUCUAAAAUGUGCAGUUUUGUCACACAACACAACACAAUGCCACAGAUCUCAUGUUUUGAGGGAGCGUGGAAUUGGCAUGCUGGCUGCAGAAAUGUCCAACAGAGCUGUUGCCAGAAAAUGUAAUGUUCAUUUCUCUACCAAUGUCGUUUUCGAGAAUUUGUCAGUACAUCCAACCGGCCUCACAACCGCAGACCAUGUGUAACCAUGCCAGCCCAGGACCUCCACAUCCAGCUUCUUCGCCUGUGGAUCAUCUGAGGAGGGAGAGGGGCUUUGCUGAGGAGUAUUUAUGUCUGUAAUAAAGCCCUUUUGUGGGGAAAAACUCAUUCCGAUUGGCUGGGCCUAGCUCCCAAGUGGGUCAGCCUAUGCCCUCCCAGGCCCACCCAUGGCUGCGCCCCUGUCAUGUGAAAUCCAUAGAUUAGGGCCUAUUGAAUUUAUUUCAAUUGACUGAUAUCCUUCUAUGAACUGUAACUCAGUAAAAUAUUUGAAAUUGUUGCAUUUAUAUUUUUGUUCAGUAUACACCUACUAUUCAUACGAUUAAAUAAUGCUGCUUGCGAGAUAAUGCUGUAUACAUAAAUGUAUGCAAUGAAUUGUAUUCAGUAGGCUAGUCUAUGGAAACUAAGACCGUCUGCCCACUUGAACCUGAAUUGUAUUUCCUUUGAACUUGAGAUAGAACAGGCAUGCAGUGCAAGUAGCCUAAACCUAAUAAUAGGUAUUACAGAGUCAAUCUUUGGACUGGGGGUUUAUACUAGACUAUGAUUAGGCUACAGAGUAUUAUUAUGGGCAAAAGUUGCAAGCAUCAUUUCACUGCACUAUAGGCAUUUACCAGGGGUAUUCAAAUAUUACCCAAUGAGGUCUGAAUUAGCCUACUUCAUGUUUUUUGUUCUACCUGGUAAUUAAUUUCACCCACCUGGUGUCCCAGGUCUAAAUCAUUCCCUGAUUAGAGGGGAAUAAUGGGGGGAAAAAGCAGCAGAACUGGCUUUAGGUCCAGGUUUUAAUUUGAGGAGCAUAUAGUCUAUGGAUACCCAUGUUUCUCUUUUUCCCUCAGACAGGUUUCCAGGCUUGUUUUUCAAGUUCUAUCAAAAGUCUAUUCUCGUUUCCAGAUAAACCAGUCGCGUGGGUAGGAAAACCACUGGCACCCGGAAAUGCUCCACCUUCAUCGGCUUCCCAUACCAAGUCAAAGCCACCGGCAAAUUGGAAUGUGAUUUAUCUGAGUUCAGAGACAGGUCUAAGAGUGUCUCGACAGGGCAACAUACGACCAUUUAGGCUACUUUUGAGCAGAAACGGGUGAGUUUGAACUUUCAUUUCUUCAGAAAUUUCGACUAACUUCGUUUAUUUUUUCAUUCAUUCAUCAGCAGCAUCCAUUUACGGGAAAAUUCAGGUAGCACUUCACAACUUGAUCCAUCCUGAAAGAGUGCAGUUUGUGCAGUAGCCUAACAAAGAGGGUUUCCGACAAACUGUUUUAAUGUGUAACAAUUCGAUAGUCUCCGGUUUAAAUCGUUACAAAGUUGCAUCAUCCAUGACUGUCACACUAGUGACAUCCCGCCCACGCUUUCACAAUUUCGGAAGGAAAUGCAAGUCUUUGCCGCGCUCUUCCAAAUUACCCAUAAUUCACACAGCUGUGAGUAAUCAACCGUGAAUAACUUGCGGCAAGGCCUAAUUUUCCCUCUUUAUAGCGCAUAUAAUGUAAUCUUACCUUCUUAGCCUACCUUUCCAUUUUGCAUUUUCUACACCUGACCUGGGCCGGGUGGUUCUAACGAUGAAACCGGGCCCUGAUGUGUAGGCCAAUUCAUUACGCCUAUUUUGCAACGAAAACGAACAUUUAUAUUGGACACAUUCCACUAGGUCCCUCCCUGUUCCGUUCUUAACUGGUAAAAGGUUUCCGUUAAAAUACUUAAUGAAUACACCCCUGGAUUCAUCGUGUGUUCUCAAUGAGCAACUAACGCAUCUUGACUGAAAAUAUAAAACUGUGCUCAAGGCUACUUCAUGUGCGCGUUUUUAAAAGACACCGAAGUUUAGUUAGACAAUGGCCAAGAUUGCACAAAGCAGCAGCCAAAUAUGUGUAUUUGACCAAUAAAAUUGAAUUUUAUUUAUGUCUGGAAUUUACAAGUCUAUUACUAUUGGCCAAGUGAAUGUGCAAUAGCAAUGCUCUUCUCUCAUCACUGGUUAUUUUGGUUGUGUGGUGUCUCAACACUAACUCACUUUGUGUCCAUGUCUGUCUGUGAGUGGAUAGAGAUGGCCAGCCAGAGUGAGGUGAUUGACCGGUUGAGGGCUACGUUCCGGUCGGGCGUGACCAUUCCAGAGCAGUUCCGUAUGACCCACCUCCAGAACCUUCUCUCCCUGGUCGAAGAAAACGAGCAGCUUAUACAAGAUGCUCUCCAUAAGGACCUCCAUAAGGUACUACUAUACACUCUGUCCCCUCUGCCUCCCUCUCUCCACCUCUCAUUAUUUCCUCUGUUGGUCGCCCCUCGUCCUCUUUCCCUGUCCCUUCUUCUUCACCUCUCCCCUCUAUUUCUCUUUUUGUCCUGUUCCCUCUCUCCCGCUAUUGUUUCACCUUCACCUGUUUAGUCUUUGGUUAACACAAACAUUUCGCUACACCCGCUAUAACAUCUGCUAAACACGUGUAUGUGACAAAUAACAUUUGAUUUGAUUCUCUCCUCUCUCCCCCCAUAGCCCAAGUUUGAGUCAGUCCUGUCAGAGAUUCAGAUAACGCUGAAUGACCUGUACUUCGCCAUGGAAAACCUCAGGACCUGGAUGCAGCCGGAAUACAACAUUGGCAAGAAUCUGGUAUAGAUUCCGUCAACGUUCACUGUCAACUGUUUGACUCUACCACUUUUUACUAUGUCUCAACAUGUAAACACACACAAUUGGAAUAUUUUUUACUGACAUGCUGCUUCUGUAAUAACUGUCCAAGAAAACCCUUUUUCCUCUCCAUCCUUUUAGGCCACUAGGAUGGACGACUGUUUCAUACGCAGGGAACCCUUGGGGGUAGUUUUAAUCAUCGGGGCGUGGAACUACCCUCUCCAUCUUAUUCUCUUACCUUUGGUUGCUGCAAUUGCUGCAGGUACACAUAUAUCAUUUGUAUACCUAUAGGCUUUGUUAAUAAUAAUGGAUUGGAUUUAUAGCGUUUUUACAGUAGCUCAAAGCAUUUUAUAUCCACCACCAAUGUUGCCUUGUCAGUAAUGUACAGUACCAGUCAUACAUUUGGACACCUAUUCAUUCAAGGAUUUUUCUUUUCUUUUUUACUAUUUUCUACAUUGUAGAAUAAUAGUGAAGACAUGAAAACUAUGAAAUAACACAUGGAAUCAUGUAGUAACCAAAGUGUUAAACAAAUCAAAAUAUAUUUUAGAUUCUUCAAAUAGCCACCCUUUGCCUUGACAGCUUUGCACACUCUUGGCAUUCUCUCAACCAGCUUAAUCUGGAAUGCUUUUCCAACAGUCUUGAAGGAGUUACCUCAUAUGCUGAGCACUUGUUGGCUGCUUUUCCUUCACUCUGCGGUCCAACUCAUCCCAAACCAUCUCAAUUGUGUUGAGGUCGGGUGAUUGUGGAGGCCAGGUCAUCUGAUGCAGCACUCAUCAUUCUCCUUGGUAAAAUAGCCCUUACACAGCCUGGAGGUGUGUUGGGUCAUUGUCCUGUUGAAAAACAAAUGAUAGUCCCACUAAGCCCAAACCAGAUGGGAUGGCGUAUUGCUGCAGAGUGCUGUGGUAACCAUGCUGGUUAAGUAUGCCUUAUUCUAAAUAAAUCAGUGUCACCAGCAAAGAAGAACUCAGUUCUUGAAGUUUUCCAGAUUGACUGACCUUCAUGUCUUAAAGUAUUAAUGGACUGUUGUUUCUCUUUACUUAUUUGAGCUGUUCUUACCAUAAUAUGGAAUUGGUCUUUUACCAAAUAGGGCUAUCUUCUGUAUACCACCCCUACCUUGCCACAACACAACUGAUUGGCUCAAACGCACUAAGAAGGAAAGAAAUUCCACAAAUUUAACUUUUAUGAAGGCACACCUGUUAAUUGAAAUGCAUUCCAGGUGACUGCCAUGAAUGUGCAAAGCUGUCGUCAAGGCAAAGGUGGCUACUUUGAAGAAUCUCAAAUAUAAAAUUUAUUUUGAUUUAACACUUUUCUGGUUACUACAUGAUUCCAUAUGUGUUAUUUCAUAGUUUUGAUGUCUUCACUACUAUUGUACAAUGUAGAAAAUAGUAAAAAUAAAGAACCCCUUGAAUGAGUAGGUGUGUCCAAACUUUUGACUGGUACUGUAUAUGUAAAGUGAAUGCUUAUUCUCUUAGCAUGUCAUUAUUGAUUAGGUUUGAUUUUGUGAUGAUGACAUUAUAUUUAUUCCAUGAUGUCAUGAACCAGGAAACUGUGCCGUUCUGAAGCCGUCAGAGAUCUGUCAGGCCACCGAGCAACUCCUGGCAGAACUCCUCCCCAAAUACCUGUCUCAGGUAACGCACACACUGCUUUGGUUCUCCCCUGCUUCUGUUACCUGUUGUGGAUCAUCAGUGCAAUGCAGCACAACUGUGCCAUAUUUGCUCAAUACCCAUCCACCCAUUUAUCACUACUGUCACUUACAGUUUGUUUUUAAUGUUUGAGUUUUGCCCUCUGAUUAUUGUAGGACUGCUAUGCAGUACUAUGUGGGGGAGCAGAGGACACCAAGUCAUUGCUGAAGAAUAAAUUUGACCACAUCUUCUACACAGGUAAAGUCACACAGAGGACUCCCUAGACCAAUAAUAUGUAUUACCUCAAUUCCUGUUUUUAGUAUGUUUUAAAAUGUCGGCUGUAUGCCCCUUUUCCCCCUCCUCUCCCUUCACCCUCCCCCAUCUCCUCCCCAGGUUCCCAGGCAGUAGCCCGCUCCAUCCUGCUAGCGGCGGCGCCUCACCUGACCCCGGUCACCCUGGAGCUGGGCGGCAAGAGCCCCUGCUUCAUCUAUGGCCGUAUCGACAUCCAGAAGGCCGCCAAGCGCCUGUGCUGGUCCAAGUUCUUCAACACUGGCCAGAGCUGCGUGGCGCCCGACUACCUCCUCUGCACUGCCCAGACCCGGGACGCCCUGCUGCCCGCCCUCCAGGAGACCCUACAGACCUUCUACGGGCUGGACCCCGGGGCGAGCCCAGACAUGGGGCGCAUCGUCAACCAGCGCCACUGGAGACGCCUGGUGGACAUGCUGGGGAAGUCCAAGGGGAAGGUGGUGAUCGGAGGGGACAGCCGCGAGGAGGACAGGUAUAUCGGUGAGUUUGGGGUGAUACAGGAGAGGACUAUGAGAUGCAGGCAGUAGUGUUGAGUUUGGUUUGUAUACUGCUGCCACCUUGUGGGUGUGAAUGCAAGUUGAAAGAUUGUUGAAAUAGGUUUAGGUGGUAGCCUUGCUGUUAAAGUGGCUUGACAUUCAAAUAUGAGUAAGCGGGCAUAUAGAAGCAAAUGCUUGCUGACCAAGUGGUGUUUCUAACUCCCACAGUGUUGGUGGACGUGCAGGAGUCUGAUGUUUCUAUGGUGUUUCUAGCUCCCACAGUGUUGGUGGACGUGCAGGAGUCAGAUGCUCUGAUGCAGGAGGAGAUCUUUGGCCCCAUCCUGCCCAUCCUAACCAUAGAGUCUCUGGAGGAGGGCAUAGACUACAUCAACCGCCAAGAGAAACCCCUGGCUCUCUACGUCUUCUCUGACGAGACCUCGGUACAUUACAGCACACAGGGGACCUUCAUUACAGCACAUAGGGGACCUUCAUUACAGCACAUAUAUGUUAUUUUCUUAUAUUGUUAUAGUCAUGUUGGCCUCCUCCACAGAGCUCCUAUAAUUUAAAGUUGUAUAUGUAGUUCUAUGGCCGCCUCUGCCUUCACUCUUAUGGAAUAAAUGCAUGUUCCUCCCCUCUCGCUGUCAGGUGGUGACCACAGUGUUGAACAAUACCAGUAGUGGGGGUUUCUGCGGCAAUGAUGGUAUAGUACACAUGGCCUUGCCAGGCCUGCCCUUUGGAGGAGUUGGUAAGUGUGUGUCUGACAACGUAAAUAAAGUAGUCAUUAUCAGAAGAAAAGCACUAGACAUGGAUCUGAUCACCGUGUAUCAUGUUGCCCUGUCAUCUACCCUCCAGGUGCCAGUGGGAUGGGCAGCUACCACGGCCGCUGGGGCUUUGAGACGUUCAGCCACAGGCGGGGCUGUAUGAACCGGAGCUGGUUGCUGGAGAGGGUCAACGUCCUGCGCUACCCGCCCUACAGCGACUACAACCUAGGCUGGUUGCGCUGGGCCACCACAUUCAAGAAGAACAGCUGGGGAGGCUGCUCAGUCAUGUGAAUGACACUCAGUGCGUGCAUGACUGUACUCCCAAAGCCAAAUGGGCUUUCCUUAAAGGUCCAAUGCAGCCAUUUUUAUCUCAAUAUCAAAUCAUUUUUGGGUAACA